ACGCUAGAAGAGGUUGAGAAGACUGAAGGGUACUUUAUGGAUAGGAUUUUGAUGCAGGUGAUUUUUAGCCUUGCCAAGGCUGGAUAUCCUCAGUACAUCGAAGAUAUUAAAGAACGCAUAAGAUUCAAAAAGGAAUUAAUUCCAGAUGCAAUGAACCUGUGUCUGACUCUGGUAACUCACGGCUUUGAAGAUACAAGUUUCCAUAUGCUGAAGUCCUUUAAUCAUUUAACACGUGAUAAUACGGACCAGGGUAGCUUCUUCUUGCAACAUUGUGUAAAUAGAGAUCUGCCUGUGAACAAGCUGAAGCAAUUCUGUAGUGAGUUGAAAGAAGCAAAAAUGCACUCGGCACCAUUACCAUUUAUUUUGCGUUGUGCUUUGGAGACCAACAGAUCAGCCUUGGCCAUUGAUGUGAUGAAGAUGAUGAAAGAGGAAGGCUUGCCACUCAGACCUCACUAUUCCUGGCCACUGCUAGUAGCAUUCCAGAAAGAGAAGAAUCUUAAAGGUGUCUUUGAGGUCCUCAAACUGAUGCACGAGUUGGGGGUGGAACUUGAUGCAGAAACAUACACAGACUAUGUUUUUAAAAAUUUUUCUGAUAGUGGAACUGCCUGUGCCCAGCUGAAGGAAAAUGGCUGCCUGUUUGAAACUGUUGGACUCUCUGUAGCAAAAAUAAGAUAUGAAGCAGCAAAUGGAAGACUGAACAAUGUUCUUUCUCUAAUGUCUUCAGCAAGCACACCUAUUGAUAGUCGUCAGAUUAGAAACAGCCUCAUUUUGGGUUUUAAAAGCUCAAAUGAUGUACAUCUUUGGAGCAAGAUAACAGAACUGUUGUACGAGGAUGAACGAUAUUGCCUGACGCCUCCAGGACCAACUGAAGCUGUUGGCUAUUUUCUUUAUCACUUGAUUGACAGCAUGAGUGACUCAGAGGUACAGGCCAAGGAGGAGCGUUUGAGACAAUACUUCCAUCAGCUGAAGAAGAUGAAUAUAGUUAUCCCUGCAACCUACUGCAGCGGCAUUUGCAGACUGCUGGACUCCUCUCAAGUUCCUGAAUUAAUUAAGGAUGCAAGGUUACUGUCUCAUAAAAAAUCUCUGUCUACAGAAAACAUUCCAGAAAGUGCUAAAUCUGACGUGUCUGCUUUGGAGAAGAAACUAGAAGAGCGAAAAGCUGAAAACCAGCCUAUUACAGAUGUCUUGAAACAACUCAUACUUGCUCUUUGUGAAGAAGAGAAUAUGCAAAAAGCCCUUGAAGUGAAAGCCAAAUAUGAACCGGACAUGGUUGUCGGUGGCUAUGCAGCCUUAAUAAAUUUGUGCUGUCGACAUGAUAACGUAGAAGAGGCAAUGAACCUGAAAGAAAAAGUUUUCCCUAAGAAUUCACCUGUUGCUCUUGACACUGGAAAGUAUGUAGCGCUGGUAGAAGUCUUAGGAAAGCAUGGUAGACUAGAAGAUGCUAUUAACAUUCUAACGGAGAUGAAAGAGAAGGAUGUUCCUAUCUCCGACAGAACAGUUGCAUCUUUUUACCGCGUUCUUAAUGCCGCUGCCAUGCGAGGUGAAGUUGAAACAGUGAAUCGAUUAUAUGAGGCCAUUGUGAACCUGGGAUUGGCAGAAACUGCUGCCCUUUAUUCCCCUCUCAUUACAGUUCACCUUGAAAAGGAUGACAUGCCUGCAGCUCUGGAAGCUUUGAUCAACUGUUAUAAGAAGUAUGGUAAAAUUCUUCAACUUCAUAACAUCUACUGUAGACUGAUAGAAAAAGGAGAUGCUGAUCUUCUGCAAAAGGUUUCAGAUUUUAUAAGCAGAGAAUAUGGUGACAUGAUGGCUCUUUAUGAUCUCUUCUUCGCCUUCUUGCAAACAGGAAAAUACAAAGAGGCCAGGAAGGUCAUUGAGACUCCUGGCUUCAGAGCACACUCUGGAAGGUUGCAGUGGUUUGCAAAAAGAUGUAUAUCAAAUAAUCAGAUGGAGACUUUGGAACACUUGACAGAAUUAACUCAAAAUCUCUUUGAAUGUGAUAGAGAUGAGAUGUACUACUACCUGCUUCAACUGUGUGAGAACAAUGAUGAUUGGGCAAAGGCUGAAGCUGUUUGGACUAAAAUUCAAGAAGAAAAUAUUGUUCCUCGUGAGAAAACACUAACCUUACUGGCUAAUAUACUUGAGAAAAAUGGCCAGGUUGUUCCAUUUGAGGUACCUAAGGUUAGACAUGAAGACACCAGAAGUUUAAGUGCUUCUUAUGUGGACGAAAGAAAAAUAAGGAUGCUUUGCAAGAAAAACAAUGCAAAAGAGGCCUACAAUGUUUUCCUGAAAAUGCAAGGGAAGGAUGAGUUUCAUUAUCGUUCUUAUGACACCCUUAUAAAAGCGUUGUUAGCGCAGAAUUGUCUUGAAGAAGCCAUCAAAGUAAAACACAUUGCUGAGACCCACAUCAAGGGCUUCACACUGAACAGUGCUGCCAGCAGCCUCCUCAUCAUAUCGCAAGUUAGGCGGGAUUAUUUGAAAGAUGCCAUGGCUGUUUUAAAAGGAGUGCUUGACAAUGGCUUGUUGCCCUCUAGACCAGCAGUUACUGCACUCACUCAAGCUCUGGCAGAAAAAGGAGAUAUAAAGAACCUGGAAGCACUUAAAAGCAUGGUGGAAGACAUCAGAAAAUCAAUUGGUGUAUCUGCCUCACUAAUUGCUAAUGCUAUUGCAUUCGCUCAUACUAAGAACAAUGACCUUGAUGCUGCUGUGGAAUACCUUGAGCCUCUGCUUAUCUCUGGUGCACAGAAUCCUGAUCAACCUGUCAGAAGUAUUUCUUAUUUGUUAAGAAAGGUGUCUGAGGAAGGAUUAGAACGAGCUUUGCAAAAAUUUGGUGUGAUGGCAGAGCGACUGGCCAGUCAGUUUGGAAUUUGCAGACCUGUCACAGAUCUUUUCCUUCAAUAUGUCAGUGCAGACAGAGUGGAUGAUGCCAGAUCGCUGAUACAGAAGUGUGGUGCAUUAAUUGAGAAGGGAACUUUAACAACUUUUAUAGCUAGAACAGCAUCUAAACCUGGACAGGCAAAGAAGAUUGAAACACUUCUAGAACUGAAUCCUGAGCAGCUGGAUAUGGAAGUUGCAUACCGUUACCUCAUGAGAUGUUAUGAAUUGGAUGGGGAUGUUGCUUCUGUAAAGGCUGUGUAUGAGAAAACAAAAGCGAAGAAUAUACCGCUGAAUGAACUAUCUCUGAAAUCUUUAGCAGUUUUUCUGAAGAAAGCAGGAGAGCCCGUCCCUUUCACUGAACCCCCUGAGACAUUCAAGUUCUAUGUGGAAAAAGGGAGAAAAGCAAGAUUGGAAGCAGCAUGA